CCCCGUCGUGGGAGUGCAGCCGAACUCCUGCAGAUGCAUCUCGUUGCCUCGUCUGCCUUCUUUCCUCUCUACGUUAAAUUUCACUGCAAGCCUUGCCUUACCACCUCCGCCUUACAUCUGACCCUUCUCGGUACAGCUGCUGGAAUGGCUCCCUUGAUUAAGGUACCCCAAGUUAUCGACACUUGCGUCGCUUUUGGAACCGUGUCGAUUUUCGAGGGUUUCUACUGCUGGUACUUAUAUGCCCAUAAGAUACCGUGCCAGACGCUUGUCAGGGUCGCUUGUGCCUUGAAUAUUCCUGGAUCCGUGUUCCUAGCCCUGUUCCUCAUCUUUUGGCAACAUGGCCCUGCUGUACCUGCAUAUGCCAUGAUGGUCUUGUGCACAAGCACAUCUGUCGCAUCAAUCUGGUGUUUUGAGGUUCUCGAAGUCUUGCGACCUAUUAGCAAGAUCUGGCUUGAUGACUUCAACGUUCCCCUCUUCAACACGGGCUUGCGAGAGUCCGUAUUUUGGGCGUUGUGUUGUUGCUAUGCUGCCCUGGGACUUUGGCAAUUAGCAGCCUACCAAGUCGAGAUCUUGUGGGCCUUUCCACUCUUAACCCACAUCACCGUUGUCGCCGCAGUGGCCCGAGGUCUCAUCCUUUUCCUCCAGAAUCGCAAUAAGAAGCAGGCUAAGCUGCUUUAGCCUCGGCAGGUCGCAAUUGUUUUUGCAUCAAUCAUCUCGACCGUCUUGCUUGUUGGUUCGGCAUUGGGAUGGAUAUCGGUACAAGGGGCUGCGCAAUGCGCAACCUGCAUAACAAUCGUCUCACUCCGCCUCUACAGAACUAAUCAGGGUUACAACGCAAAAGGGCAAGAGCUUGAUCAACUGCCAAAUGUGCCCAGAGAAGCACCCUUCGUGCUGAGCAAGGAUCUUGAACAUGGCGGUGGACACCAGGAGGGUUCAACGACGUCCUUGCGAUCUCUACGUGCUGACUCGG